GGACUUCACGCUAAUCUUAACAAAAUGGCGACUGUUGUUGUUGCAGCGCAGCGUCAGUGAAUAAAUCCGUUAAUCAUUUCGGUACAUUUCUGUACUCACUGGAAAAGAACAAAACCAAAACGAACUAAAAAAAAAAAGCCCAAGCACCACAGGGUUCGUCUCCGCCCGGGCUGAAAUGAAAGGUAAAGAGCGGUCGCCGAUUAAAAAACGUUCCCGGGCCUUGGACGAUAUUCGAGACAGGGGAGGAUGCCACCCGACCAGUAAGAAAAUGGGGGCUCUGUCGGUUUCCAGUGGGAGUAAUAACGGGAACAGUUCGACCAAAAGCGACGGGGGCUCGACGAGACGGAGUCUGCUCGGUGACAAAAGAGACAGAGACUUUGACGGUCACAGUCGGACUGGAAACAACCACAGCUGCCUGCCCGCUGCCGUGAGUAAAAACCACAGCCUGAGUCUGGAGUCGUCGUCACCCAGGUCCGCUUCACGGGUGGAGCAGCGGAUUCAGCCUCCCAGCGCCGAGAGUGAGUACAAAACGCUCAAAAUCAGCGACCUCGGCACUCAGCUGAGCGACGAGGACGUAGAGGACGGACUCUUCCACGAGUUUAAAAAAUUCGGCGACGUCAGCGUCAAAAUCAGCCGCAGCAACGACGAGCGAGUAGCGUUUGUGAACUUCAGAAAGCCGGAGGACGCCAGGGCGGCCAAGCACGCCCGAGGCCGGCUGGUGCUGUACGACCGGCCGCUGAAGAUCGAGGCGGUCUACAUGACCCGGAGAAGGAGCCGCUCGCCCGUGGAGAGGGACGUGUUCGGGGCCGCUCAGAGCCACAGACACUUGCAGAGGCCCCUCUCUCCCACCGGACUCGGGUACAGAGACUACCGGCUGCAGCAGCUGGCUCUGGGUCGGCUCCCCCCACCCCCGCCACCCCCCCUGGCCCGAGAGUUGGAGCGGGACAGGGAGUUCGCCCUGUUCGAGGCCAGGGCUCGUCCUGCUUUCAUCGCGGAGCGUGCUCCCUUUCGUGAAGAGGACUUCAUAUCUCCAGAAGAUGACCAAAGAGCUAACAGGACGCUGUUUUUAGGCAACCUGGACAUAAACGUUACAGAAGCAGACCUGAGGAGGGCCUUUGACAGGUUUGGGGUCAUCACAGAAGUGGACAUUAAGAGACCCACCCGAGGACAAACCAACACAUAUGGGUUUCUGAAAUUUGAGAACCUCGACAUGGCUCAUCGUGCCAAACUGAGCAUGUCUGGCAAAAUAGUGGGCCACAACCCCAUAAAGAUAGGUUAUGGAAAACCUAUGCCUACUACACGUCUAUGGGUGGGUGGUCUGGGACCCUGGGUUCCUUUAGCUGCAUUGGCCAGAGAGUUUGACCGCUUUGGCACCAUCAGGACCAUAGACUACAGAAAAGGGGACACCUGGGCUUAUAUUCAGUAUGAAAGUUUAGAUGCUGCACAAGCAGCCUGGACACACAUGAGGGGCUUCCCACUAGGUGGACCAGAGAGACGACUCAGGGUGGACUUUGCAGAUACUGAGCAUCAUUACCCGCAGCAGUUCCUGCAGCCUCUCCCCAUACCUCCGUUUGACAUGGUGGCUGAAACUUUUGUCCACCGUGCAACACCUGAAGCUCUCCGUGUCAGAGAUCGGACUCCACCCCCACUUCACUUUAGAGACAGAGAACUCUUUCCUGGAGCCGAGUGGUCUAACCCAGCUAUACGUGAACGGGUUCGAGCUUCUCUCUUUGAGCCUUUGGAACAUUUGGACCGGGAGAGGCGACCUCGGGAGCCCUGGUCUUUGGAGCGAGAGCUUCAGGGACGAGAACCUGCACGAAAACGGCGCUUAAUGGAGGAUGGACGUCAUCUAGACCUUUCUCCUGACAGCACUGAAAGGACAGUAAGACGGAGACGUGCUUCUCCGGAUGGCAGUCCUGGAGACGGCAGUAGAGACGGUGGGCGCUUCAGUGAUACAGAGCGCCCAGUGAGGGGUGAGAAAGCCUCACCCGCGAGAGAACGCCACAGCAGCUUGGAAAAAGCGGUGGCUGAGCGGAGGCCUAAAACCCAGGGUCUCUCAGACAAAGGAGCUUCAAGCAGCACAGUUGCAUCAGGCGGAGAACGCAAACGUAAAGCAGGUGAUGGCAAAGGACCCACUAAGAGAGAACGUUCUGAAAACAGCUCCAAGGGCGGUCAGCCAUCCAAGUCUGAUGGAACCAGACUCGGUUUAGCUUGGCAUGGCAUGCUGCUUCUGAAGAACAGCAACUUCCCAGCUAACAUGCACCUGCUACAGGGCGACCACAACGUAGCCAACGACCUGCUCAUCGACAGCACCACAGGACGGCAGGUGAGCGAGCUGAAGAUCACACAGCGACUCCGUCUGGACCAGCCCAAGCUCGACGAAGUCUCUCGGCGUAUCAAAGUAGCGGGUUCCAGCGGCUACGCCGUCCUGCUGGCAGUUCCUGGAAAUACAGAGGAGACGUCCUCCGACUCUGCAGCCUCAACCCAACGGCCACUUCGUAACCUGGUGUCCUACCUCAAUCAGAAACAAGCAGCUGGAGUCAUCGGCCUGCCUGUGGGAGGUAGCAGAGAUAAAGACAACUCGGGGGUUCUUCAUGCUUUCCCCCCUUGUGAUUUCUCCCAGCAGUUUUUGGAUUCCUCUGCUAAAGCUUUGGCAAAAAGCAAAGAUGACUAUCUGGUCAUGAUUGUGGUUCGUGGUGCACCAUAGAAAAGAAACGACCAUACACUAAGAUCAAGUGGAAUUAAAAAAAAAAAAAAAUCUGCUCUAUGUCAGUAAAACUUGCAUGCUGUGUGUUCUGCAUCUUGGGGUACAGUAGUAUGGUUUUUGAUUGUAUGUUGCCACCUCAUCCACUAAAAGGACUCUCAAACUGAAAAGGUUGAGUUAUUUAUUUUUUUUAACAAUACUUUUUAGUAGGUGAAUGAGUUUAAUAACCAUUGCAAACCUUCUGUAAGUCAAGCUUCUGUAAAAAAAAAAAAAAAAAGUUAUAUUUUUUGGAGUUUGGAUUCAGUUAAAUGCUGUAGCCUAUUUAACUGCAUUUACAACAAAAUGUUACCUUUCCCAGUUGUAAGGGAGGUCAAAGGUAGCCCUUCAACACUUGCUGACAUUAACAUGUCCACUACAAUGAAACCGCCUAUUAUGAGUGUCGAAGCCACAUUCCUUUCACAAUGUUAAGCAUCUAGUUCAGACUUUUAGAAGUGGGGUUCUGUGGAUAAGUUGUUAACACUAAUGUCUCACCUGUUGGUAACUGCUUUUGAACAGCCUCGAUUUGGACAAAGAUGGUUUAAUGUUGACCAGAUCAAUAAGCUAACAGCUAAUCCAAGCAGGGCUAAGUGCUUUGCUGUUUUUUUAAACAACUCCAGUCUCAUGUUUUUCUUAACGGUUCAUGCAAACACUGUUCUAAAUGGUUCUGUUGCUGUCAGCUCUGCAUUACGUGGCAGAAAUAUUAUUGAUGUAACUUUCCCGUAAAGCUUCUGCCACUAGUUGUGGCACUUGCAAAUAACUAAUAUUACAUAAGUACAUAUGUAUGUAAAAAAAAAAAAAAAAGUUGCAUUUGCAGGAAUUGCUAUGAAAUAUGGAUAAAGUUAUUUUUAUGGCGGCAGCAACUCUUUCGUCGUGGCCUCUCAGACUUGUUGGCUCAUUGGUCUCGUCAAAAUCAACCUCUAUUUCUCCAAACUGUGAUUGUUCAAAAAUCUAACGCAGCAGGUCUUUGAUUGUCCAGAACCUUUUCACAGAACCUGUAAAAAAAAAAAAAAAAACCUGAACUAUCCCUUUAACCAAAAAAAAAA